UUGAGUGUCAGGGUUUAGGGUUUAGGCCUCUCAGCAUUCACCGCCACCGCCAGAUAAAAUUGAUUAGCUGUUUGUUUUUCCAUAGUACAUUAAUAAUGUCGAAGAAGAACAAUUUAGCUCUUAGAAGAAGGCAGCACGAAUUCGACCUCCAAAGAGAAAAAGCGGAGAAAGAAAAGAAGGUGAAGAAGCUCCAAGCCAAGAAAAACAAGAUGAAAGUGGAUGGUAGCAACAAAAAGAAGGGAGGCAGUGGAUUUCAAGUUGGCAAAAAGAAGGUGAAAACAAAAUUGACACCAUUGGCAAAAGCUAAAGCCGCUCAAGCAAUGGAGGUGGAUAAAUGAGUUGUUUAGUGGAAUAUUCCAGAGUGUAUCAGUUACCAAUGAGCUGGUCCGGAUGAGCACCGCAUGGGGCUUCGGGAGAAAGAUGGCGGGCCAGAGUGGAGGGUGGAGGAGCUUUUCCGAAGGAAGAAUGCAGUAACGGCGGGGAAUUUUGUUAAACUUGACUUUGUUUACUCAUGUGAAAAUUAACUUGGAGAAAAAAAAUGCAAUAGUUAUGUAAAAUA